AACCUUCACUCAAACACCCACAUACGUCGACUACAACCACCCGCCACCAUGGACAAGUUCGCAGCAUUCGGAAAGAACAUCGGUGCAUCCUUCACGCCCUUUGCAGCUCGCACGCAGCAAUACGUCAAGGAGCAGUUUGGCCAGACCGAGGACAAGACGGAGCUGCCGCCAGACUACAUUGAGCUCGAGAAGCGCGUUGAUGCCUUGAAGCUUGUGCACCAGAAGCUGCUCUCGGUCACAUCGCAAUACACCAACGAAGCAUACGACUACCCUCCCAACAUCCGCGAGUCUUUCACCGACCUGUCCAAGAACGUCACCGAGAAGGUCCAACUUCUGUCGCGCGCCACCUCGACCGCCGAAGCUCAAGCCGCCUUUACCGCUACCCCUCAAGCAAAGCCUCAACCCAAGACCUUCAACCAUGCUAUCGCUCGCGCUUCCUUGGCUGGCAGCCAGCUGUUGCACCAGAGCGACGUUCGCGGUGCCGGUGCCGACGACUCGCUCGCCCAAGCUCUGGAGAAGUAUGCUGUCGCCGAAGAGAAGGUUGGCGAGGCUCGCUUGAACCAGGACGAGCGCAUUCAACAGCGCUUCCUCGCUGGCUGGAGCGCUACCCUCAACACCAACCUGCAGUUCGCUCAACGCGCCCGUAAGAACGUCGAGAACGCCCGCCUCAAUCUCGAUGCGACCAAGGCCCGUGUCAAGGGCAUUAACAACCCCUUCAACAACAAGAACCAAUCCCACGCCGAGGAAAACUACACAGAGGCCCAACGCGCCGAGAUCGAAAAGGCAGAGGACGAAUUCGUCAACCAGACCGAGGAAGCCGUCGGCGUCAUGAAGAACGUCCUCGACACGCCCGAGCCCCUCAAGAACCUGGCCGAGUUGAUCGCCGCCCAGCUCGAGUUCCACAAGAGAUCCUACGAGAUUCUGUCAGAACUGGCCCCCGAGGUCGACCAGCUGCAGCUCGAUCAGGAGGUAUCGUCUGUUCCAUCCAUCCAAGUCACCCAAUUCUGA